AGCAUGGCCCGGAGAAGCGCCUUCCCCGCCGCCGCGCUCCGGCUGUGGAGCAUCCUCCCGUACCUGCUGGUGCUGCGGGCGGAGGUCGGGCAGCCGCGGGAGGAGAGCCUGUACCUGUGGAUCGAUGCUCGCCAGGCGAGAGUACUCAUAGGAUUUGAAGAAGAUAUCUUGAUUGUUUCCGAAGGGAAAAUGGCCCCUUUUACACAUGAUUUCAGAAAAGCACAACAGAGAAUGCCAGCUAUUCCUGUCAAUAUCCAUUCCAUGAAUUUUACUUGGCAAGCUGCGGGGCAGGCAGAAUACUUCUAUGAAUUCCUGUCCUUACGCUCCCUGGAUAAAGGCAUCAUGGCAGACCCAACCAUCAAUGUCCCUCUGCUGGGAACAGUGCCCCACAAGGCCUCAGUUGUUCAAGUUGGUUUCCCAUGUCUUGGAAAACAAGAUGGAGUGGCAGCAUUUGAAGUGAAUGUGAUUGUAAUGAAUUCUGAAGGCAACACCAUCCUGCAGACGCCUCAAAAUGCUAUCUUCUUUAAAACAUGUCAACAAGCUGAAUGCCCAGGAGGGUGCCGAAAUGGAGGCUUUUGCAAUGAAAGACGCAUCUGCCAGUGUCCUGAUGGAUUCUAUGGCCCUCACUGUGAGAAAGCCCUUUGCACACCACAGUGUAUGAAUGGCGGGCUUUGUGUCACUCCUGGGUUCUGCAUCUGCCCACCUGGGUUCUAUGGAGUCAAUUGUGAUAAAGCAAACUGCUCCACCACAUGCUUUAAUGGAGGGACCUGUUUCUACCCUGGAAAGUGUAUUUGCCCUCCAGGACUAGAGGGAGAACAGUGUGAAAUAAGCAAAUGCCCACAGCCCUGUCGAAAUGGAGGUAAAUGCAUUGGUAAAAGCAAAUGUAAGUGCUCCAAAGGUUACCAAGGAGACCUCUGUUCCAAGCCGGUCUGCGAGCCUGGCUGCGGUACCCACGGAACCUGUCAUGAGCCCAGCAAGUGCCAAUGUCAGGAAGGCUGGCACGGAAGACACUGCAAUAAAAGGUACGGAGCCCGCCUCAUGCAUGCCCUGAGGCCAGCAGGCACCCGGCUGGGGCAGCACACGCCUUCACUUAAAAAGGCUGAGGAGCGGCAGGAUCCACCUGAAUCCAAUUACAUCUGGUGAACUCCGACAUCUGAAACGUUUUAAGUUACACUAAGUUCAUAGCCUUUGUUAACCUUUCAUGUGUUGAAUGUUCAAAUAAUGUUCAUUACAGUUAAGAAUACUGGCCUGAAUUUUAUUAGCUUCAUUAUAAAUCACUGAGCUGAUAUUUACUCUUCCUUUUAAGUUUUCUAAGUAUGUCUGUAGUGGGAUGGUAUAGAUUUCUUGUUUCAGUGCUUUGGGACAGAUUAGAUGUUAUAUCAGUUGAUCAGGUUAAAAUUGUGUCUUUUCAGUUGUGUAGCUGGCGAAUAAUUUCCAAAAUUACAAUGUACUCAUGGUGUCAAGGGCCUGAGGAACACUGGAAAUGGAACAGAAAUGCAUAAAUCAAGGGUUUGGAUGGAGCAGUUAACUGUGUUGAAGUUACAACAUUUCUAAUUUUACUGUCAUGAGUUUAGACAUUUGUCACAUUUUUAAAGUUCCCCUUGUUCUUAAACUCUCAAUACACCAUAUUUUGACCGAAUUUUGACCUCACCAUGAUUCCAGAGAAUUCAGUAUUGAAAGAAAGAGAAAGA